UCUCAUUUCUACUGUGUCACGACGUUGAUUUUCUAAUAGACGGCUCUGUAAUCUGAUGCAGACUUGUGAGUGUGCGUAAUUUUAUACCAAGGAUCGACAAAAAAACUGAAAAAUUGCAAAAAAUAAUAAUAAAAUUGGAAUUAAGAGCAGAACAAUUGGAGAAAAACUCACUUAGGAGUAGGAGACACUAUAACUAGGCUCGAAAAUACAUCGGCUGAAUGCAUUUAACAUGUUUUAAUUGAGGGAAAAAAAGUUCAGCGUAAUAAAUCCCAAAAGUAGGUGGUGGGGGUGAAUCAUAAAAAAAUAUCCUUGCGACAAGGAAACUAGUCUUGCGAGAACUGUGCUGCGGAUACAGAGGAGUAGGUAUUCCAAGAUGUAUCAAAGUGCUUGUAAUGUGGCCACCACGGGCUCGUGUGCACCCAAUGCCGAGGCGGAACGCGAGAUUGAACGUCAAAAUGCCUUAAUGUCACAACAACCACCCACCCAACCAAUUGAGCCCGACUACAAGGGAGAAAUGGCCACAUUUGACAUCGUUAAAGCCACACAGUACGGAGCUACGGCGAGAGUAAAAGAACUGGUCGAGGCUGGUUGGGAUGUCAAUCAGCGGGAUAGUGAAACGGUGACCCUGUUGCACUGGGCUGCCAUUAACAAUCGUCGGGAUAUUAUCAAGUAUUUUCUGGAGAAGGGUGCCGUGGUCGAUGCCUUGGGUGGUGAAUUGAAUGCCACCCCCUUGCAUUGGGCAACCAGACAAGGUCAUUUGGGUGCUGUGGUCUUGCUGAUGGCAGCCGGAGCUGAUCCUCGGAUACGUGAUGCCGAAGGCUGUUCCUGUAUACACAUAGCAGCCCAGUUUGCCCACACGGCCUUGGUGGCAUAUUUCAUAGCGAAAGGUGUUGAUCCUGAUUUACAGGAUCGUGGUGGCAUGACAGCCCUUAUGUGGGCGGCUUGGAAGGUGUGUGCUUUGGAUCCGGUGCGACUGCUACUGACCCUGGGCGCAAAUCCUGCCAUGGUCGAUUAUACACACGGCAAUACGGCAUUACAUUGGGCCAUACUGGCACGCAAUUCCACGGCCAUAAGUACUUUAGUUUUAAAAUCCAAGGCUUCCUUAGAUGUGCCUAAUCUACGCGGCGAAACCCCACUCAGCAUGCUGGAAUCACAGGCAGGUGCCGUGUGGAUUGGUGGCAAAGUUAUGGAGCGGGUGCGUGAUGCAUCGCUGACCUCACAGCAACGGCGCAGCCUGAUAACACGUGUGAAACAUGAUAAACGUUUGCGCUGGUGGUCAAUGGUUGCAUGUCCCUUUACGGCCUUCUAUUUGGCCGGUGUGGUCUUUACACUGAACACCUUGUAUAUUAUUAAGUUCUUUUUGUUGGUAUGCCUGUAUGCGGUGUUUCAUACGUUGGGCAAGACGCUGUUCGACGAUCAUCUGAUGGCCCUGCUGCCGUUGAGUGUGUAUUUGGCCACCAAGGCCUGGUUCUAUAUUACCUGGUUUGUGUAUAUCAUUGAUGCUGUGUCGUUUGGUACCACAUUGCUGUUCUUGCUGUGUUCCGGUGGCUUGUGGUAUUGCUUUUUGAAGUCGUGGAAGGGUGAUCCGGGUAUUAUACAACCAACACAGGAGCAACGGUUUAAGACCAUUAUUGAGUUGUCGGAACGUGGCGGUGUGGGCUUUGAACCUUCCUCCUUUUGUUCGGGCUGUUUGGUUAGACGACCCAUACGCUCCAAGCAUUGUAGCGUGUGCGAUCGGUGUGUGGCCCGUUUCGAUCAUCAUUGCCCCUGGGUUGGCAAUUGCAUAGGCCUGAAGAAUCACACCUAUUUUAUGGGUUUCCUGUGGAUGCUGUUGGUCAUGUGUGCAUGGAUGAUUUAUGGCGGAUCUUAUUACUACAUGAAUACUUGUAAUGUGCAUUUUGAUGAUCUCUUGGCAGCUUUGAGGGCCAUUGGGGACUGCAAUGCCUGGAUUGGUUUUGUCAUGGCCAAUGCCUUGCUGCACAUGUCCUGGGUCAUAUUGUUGACCAUUUGCCAGACAUAUCAGGUCAUAUGUCUGGGUAUGACCACAAAUGAGCGCAUGAAUCGUGGUCGUUAUCGGCAUUUCCAGGCACGCAGUGGUAAAUCACCCUUUACCCGCGGAGCCUUUAACAACCUGAUUGAUUUCCUUGAGUGCACCUGUUUUGGGUUGUUCAAACCCAAACGCAUCGACUGGAUGAAUUACUACGAUUUCGAUGUACACACCAGCAAACCCAUAGAACAUGAACCAUUGUUGAGCAAUGGUGGCGGCGGUGGUGGCGACGAUUCAACGGCAGUCUCAGCUUCACAUAAUUUUCAGUAUGUGUAGGAUAAGUCGAAUCGGGAUGCGAUGACACGUAAGGCACCCAUAGCUAAUGUCUAAAAGAAAUGUCUAAAUUCCAAUAGAGCAAAACGAACACAGAACAGAUUCAACAGAGCCAACAACAGAUGCAAACUUUUUCUAAACUACUAUUUUAAGUUCGAACUGAAGCAAAAGUAAAAUUUGUUGAGGAAAAUUUCCAAAGCAAUUUCCUUUGUUGCUUUUUUUGUAUAAGGAGAAGAAGAAGAAGAAGCAAGCAUAACUUCCGUGUAUUUAUUUAACAAAGUAUUAACUUGUGUGCUUAUUUAUAUGUAUGUAUAGUAGGAUUUUUUUUUACAAACAAACGAGCUUGUUAUAUUUUUGUUUUUGGAUUUUGUUUUCCCCCCAUUUUUUGUUUAUUAUUAAUAUUAUUUAUAUGUAUAACUUUUACGUUUAGUUUAAGACUAGCUGCUCAAAGUUUUUUGAUAUAUUUUGUAGGUGAAAAUCAGAAAAAAAGAGAAAAUCGUUACGGAAUGCCAUAUAGGUACAUAUAAACGUAUUUAUUUUUUCAUUUAUAGGAAAAAUAUAUAAUUGUAUUAAAACUUGUGUUAGGAGAGUAAUUUUAAACCACCUUUUAAAACAAACUAAAACAUAUGAAAUGAAAACCACA